UUAUUGUUUGUAAGAAGAAGUGAAGCAGAAAAUUUGAAAUUUUCUAGUGUAAAAGUAUCUUUAAAGCUAAUAAAAUUAUAUUAAACCCUUCUUCAGUUAAUAUCGAAGCGAAUUUAGAAUUAUGUAUAAAGUGCUUUUUUUGGGUUACCUGUUGUGUAUCGGACUUAUUGUUCUGCAAGCGGAGGAUCCUCUUUGUUUUCAUUUCUCUUGGAUCAAAGAGGUAAGGAAUAAAUCUAUAACCUGCUCAACUACUCCAAUAUAUGAUAUGUAUUGCGAUGGCCCAUUAAUAGUGACAGACAAUGGUAAACCACCAAAUACAAAAAAAUUGUGGGAAUCUUAUAAAAAUAAUCCUGGAGAAAUUACAUGUCCCAUGGAGCGUGGUAUGGUUUGUGUUAAGAGCAUAUUGUCUGAAAAUAAGAAAGGUUUUCAAAUAAAAAAAUGGUAA